UGCAGAGUCCUGAUCRGAGCAGGUAAGAGCUCUGCUCACCUGUGAGGUUGAUCACACUCCUCUCUUCAUAGAUCACCUGAGGCUGAGGCACACAGCUGAUUGGUCGCCUCCACCAUGCUCCGCCCCCUGCUCUACCUGUCUGCUCUCCUCACCCUGCCAUGUGCUGCAGGACAGACGUCCACACACCUGGACAUCAGCUCCUGUCCCAUCACGUAUUUUGGAAAGACGUAUACCCAAGUCAAUGUGAGCUUCACCAGUCAGAACGUUUUUGUUUGUUUUGAUGGAUUUGACAACCCUCAGGCGGCUGGAGACUGUCUGGUGGGACCUGCAGCAGGUCAGAUAGCUUUUCUUUCUCAUCCAAGUCUUGCAAACAUGCAAACAUUGAUCYACCAGAAUUUGUUGACCAUCAGCAACAAAUUGCAAUGCCUCGUGUACUUAAGUACCAGCAGUGGAGGAUUUUUUUUAGCAAACCUUGGGUCACAAGCAGCUCUGGUGUUUUCCUCUUCAACACCAAACACAGGUGUGGUGAAGGUUCUGGUAAAUGGAGUCCAAGUGAAUCAAGUCACUCUUCAAAACUCACAGACCUAUGCUUAUGCAGACCUGAGCAGCUGCAGAUAUGGAGGUCUUGUGUACAGUCCAACUUCAUUUAUCUUGUCUAGUCCUGCAAACUGUACGAACUUUACCUGCGAUGCUACUUCAACCCUCCAGACAACCAGCUGUGRACCCACCGAGACUUGUAUCGGCAACAACCAGUGUAUCACCACCACCCCUACUGUCCCCACCACUACUGUCCCCACCACCACCACCACCACCACCGUCCCACCCAUGGUGAACGCCAUCUGCACCGUGACGGGCCCCACUGUCAUAGACUUCAACAACAACCUGGACUCCGUGAAGGACCGGUGUGCGUACUCCGUGCUGGAGAUCUCAUCACUCCCAGGAUUCCAGGUGGUGGGCGGCUUCCUGGAGCGUCGUCUGACAGAUGUGAGCUUCCUGGACAGCWUGUGGCUGAAAGUGAACGGCUAUGUCUUCCAACUGAAACAAGGAGGCAGAGUUGUGCUGAACAACAUAACACUGACCCUCAGCAGCUCACCUUCGACGUUUAGAGGUCUGAAGCUCUCUAAGGACCAAAAUGGAAUCACUGCUGUGGUGUCCCUCCCCAACUUCAUCAUCACUGUCUUGUUUGAUGGCUACACCUCAAACAUCCUUGUUGAAGGAUCUGCCGGAUCAACUUUCCAGGGUCUGUGUGCAAACUCCAGCAGUAAACCAAGGGUCUCUGAGUACAGCCUUUUGGGCUGUCAGACGCAGUAUCCCAACACUGAUGACAGUUGGAUCAACCUCAUCAACAAGACAGACAGGAGCAGCUGUCACCUCCUGGAGGCAGCGCCCUUCACCUCCUGUGGCAUCGACCCAGAGCCCUACGUGGACGCCUGCACGGACACUUUGUCCAUMUAUCCUGCAGUGGACGGCCUCAGGUGUCAGUUCCUGGAGGCCUACGCCAAAGCCUGCAGCCUGAAGCUCAAAAACACACUGGAUGGCUGGAGGUUGAAGACUAACUGCCUCCUUCCUCAGGCCUUCUGUCAGGACAGAACCUGCAGCGACAACGAGUUCUGUGGAGAGACGUCUAUUGGUGGAGCGACUCGUUGCUUCUGUCGGCCAAUUUUUGCUUCCAGCUACAGACAGAUAAACGCUUUGGGUGAUCCGACGGUCUGCAUUCAGGAYACUGCUUCUAUCACUCUGGUCAACUGUCUUCUGGAAGACAAAGGCAUUGACUACUCUGUCUUACACCUCAAUGACCCCACCUGCAGAGGACAGAUGGAUGAGGACACCCACCUGGUGACUUUUGGCUUCAACAGCACCAACUGUGGGACAGUAGUCACAAMCAACAGCAGCCAGAUCAUCUACAGUAACGCCAUCGUGAGCCUGAACAGGUCUUCUGACAUCAUCAGUCGCCAAAGCCAGGUCCACAUCAAGUUGUCCUGCUUCCAAAUUCAGCCAGACAUCAAGAGUGUGAUGUUCAAGAUCGAAGACAGCUCUGUGGUCCAGGCCRUCUCAGUUGGACAUUGGAACUACACUCUGACCAUGAAGGCCUACACUGACGCCGGCCUCACACAAGCUGUGRAUCAGAGCACCGAUGUGUUUCUGAACCAGCCAAUCUGGGUGCAGCUGGAYRCCACAGGUCUGGAUGCAAACCAGCUGGCUUUGGUGACUGACUCCUGCUGGGCAACCGACCAACCAUCRGCCACAGCAAGUCUGAGAUACGACCUGAUAGAGGACAGCUGUCCCAACCCUGAUGACUCCACGGUGGUGGURCAGAAAAACGGAGUGGGAACCUCCAACCUGUUCUCCUUCAACAUGUUUGUGUUCUCUGAAGAUCCUAGUAAGGUCUUCCUGCACUGCAGUGUGCAUGCGUGUAUCAGACAGAACGGCUGCAUCCCGGUGUGUAACGGAGCUCGGAGACGCAGAUCCUUCAGGUCCAAACUGGAAUCUUCUGCCUUCAUCGGCAUGAGCUGGGCUUAUUAG